AUGGGCCUCCAAUCCGAACCAGUCAUCGUCAUAGGCGGCGGCAUUGUGGGUGCCUCAAUCGCCUGGCAUUUGGCUAAGGAGAAGGACGUCAUUAUCAUCGCAGAAGAAGUUGGCGGCAUCGUGACUCCAAGAUCAUUUGCCUGGCUCAAUGCAGCCGGUGCAACCCAGAAAUACUAUUAUGAUUUUCGACGCCGCUCCAUGAGACGCUGGGCUGAAAUUGCCAAAGAGCUGCCCGACCUCCCGAUCUACUGGGGUGGUACAUUGGUUUGCGACGGAACUCUCGAGGAACGUACAAAGUUUAAGGAGCGUCAAGGUGCUUGGGGCACAAAUAUGAGGCGCCUGGAUCAAACCAGCAUUGCGGCACUCGAGCCUGAACUCGACGACGCCCAAUUCUCCUCCUUGGAAUGGGGCCUCCAUGUUCCCGAAGAGGGGAAUAUCGAAGCACACGUUGCUGCAGCUCAACUCGUCGCCCAAGCUCAGUCGCUAGGUGCUAGAUUGCUGAAGACGACUGUCACCGGAUUUUUAAAGGCUGAGAACGGUCGAAUCUCGGGUGUGAUGACGGGUAGUGGGGAAGUUCGUGGCAGCCACGUCGUUUUGGCCGCUGGUCUUGCGAGCGUUCCAUUGUUGGCAGCAGAGAACGUCAAGCUUCCCAUGGUCAGUAGUCAAGGUCUUCUAGCCAAUACUAAACCAACGAAUAAGCGAUACUUAAGCACUAUAGUCCGCUUACCAGACCUGCACAUGCGCCAAACGCUCGAUGGGCGUAUUCGCUUUGGUGCGAGCUUUGCUGGUGGAGAUCCUGGUAAGGACCCGCAAGUAACAGCAGAUGAACUUUUUAAUAAGGUGCAAAAGGCAUUCAAGCGCGGGGGUGAGCUCGAGUUUGGCAACUACACUAUUGGUAUACGGCCUGAUUCGGAAGAUGGGUAUCCUAUUCUCGGCUCAACGGGCUUGGAUGGACUUGACGUAGCUGUGAUGCACUCUGGUGUAACAAAUUCUGCGCUUGUUGGUCAGCUACUCUCCAAGAAGAUUCUCCACGGCGUCGAAGAUCCAAUGCUUGACAAUUUUCGGCUUGAUCGGUUUAAAAAGAAUUACUCAAAGCUUUAA